AUGAAGGCACUUUGGAUAUUUGCUAGCAUCUAUCUCCUGAUUGCGGUAGUGGCUUGCCAGCCUCUGCGAGACGCCAUGACUGAGCUCGAGCUGGGCACAAAGGCACAUCGCAGACGCUCGAUGCCUCAUGAUCGUGGUGCUCGAACAGGUGCUCCCAAGAAAAAACGAGGCUGUUUCUACAUCGCAACGUCGAUGAUCAAACAGAGAAUCCAAGCCUUGGCUUCUGCCGCCGAUGCUAUCUCUGACAUGUUUUCGCGCUUCGGAAACCGCGCAAGAGUUGGCAAGGACGCAUUCGAGGCGACCGAAGCCAACAUGUUGUCACAAGCAGAACCGUCUUCUCAUCCCAGACCACUCGAAAGAGCGAACACGUUCGAGCGUAUCGUGCAACCCGUGCCACGACCUUUCACGUUCAGCGGCAAUGAAGCCGGUUACUCUGGAGAUGCCGACCACGACUUGCUGAGAGCCAGACCGUACGAGCGACCUCCUCUGAUAUCCAGUCAUGUCGAUCAAUCCGCUCAAUUUGAGGCAGACUACGCUACGCAAGCUUCUAUGCGAGUCCAAGCGGGAAAGCCUAAACACAUAUGGGAGGAUCCGGAUCAGCGGUCCAAAAUGCUCAUCGCGGCAGUUGUAAGCGCUACGGCGUCAUGGCUACUGGCGCGUAACAUCAAGCAAGAACUCGACACUACGGCAAACCUCAACAACAAUGUGGCCAGAUCACAAGCUCAGCAGUCUCAGGCGACGCAGCAGGCCGCUUCCGAGAAUGCGGCUCUAGAAGCCUCUCGGUACAGUACUAAUGUUCACCUCGAAACUCGAAGCUUGCAUUACACCGACGUCCAGCAGGACCGUAAGUCGUCUGUACACUCUAAAAAGCGCGGACAACUCGAGAAGCGCUUCAACCCUUUCCGGACAGCUAUGGAGUAUUGGCAGAGAACUUCGGCGGUCGAUGCUGCUCGCCACUCGGUAGGGGUGGUCAGAAACCUUCCUGGAGACACGAAACGACUCAUCAUCAAGUAUCUGAUCGGAGCCUCGGCCCUGUUCAGCACAGGAAUUGCUCUGCUCCUCAUUGGCAUUAAAAUUCAGCACCAGGCCGAACCUCCAACCGACCCAACUCUCGGAUCUACGCCGACUGAGGCUCAGCCGCAACGCGCGCCUGCUGCGCCCGCUGCACCUGCACCUGCCCUUGGAGCUCCUAAUCGGCCCAUCCAUGUCGACCUCGACAAGCGCUCGUUUCAAGUCCAACACGAUAGUCCCAAUGCACUUUCAGCAGUCGCGACCGUCAUUGUUUUGCGCACAAUUGGAAUCCUCUACACUGACCAUCACGACGGAUGGCAUCCGGAUUUGAGUCGCGCACACGAGCACGAGACCUCGUCAGAUCAGUCCAUCUCCAAGCGCAUGGUACCGUUGGAGCUGGCAGCAGGGACACAUGUCGCACAGCCUGCUGCUGCUGCGCUACCGGGUUUGCCAGCGUCGAGAGCACCACUGAACUUUGCAAGCUUUCAAGAGCUCGCGAAAGAGCUAAAGAGAAGGCAGAAUCUCGCCCUGUUUGCCGUAACAGCUGCUGCACUUGCGAUCAUAUCGGUCAAAGUCUAUCGCGAUAUGCACGAUCAGCAGGAAACCGACAACCAUACGCCGCAUGUUGAGGUGCCGUCUCCCGUCAACAAGCUUGUCAGGCGAUCCGAUCUCUUGAAGGCACAAGCAGCGUUUUCAAGGUUGACAGGCUUACCCAAUGACGAGCGCUCCGUGAAGAAGCAUCUUUCGAAGCGCAUGUUUCAUAUGGUUCAGAUGAUGCCAAUGGCUAAUGCGGAAAACCGCCAACCACCGCCAACUGCCAGAGUCGUUCCUAUCGAAGGCGCCGAACCGGCCGCAGUAGAGGAGGCAGCGCGAAGGGCGAGUCCUGAAGCUGCGAUUGCUUUGACGAUCGCCGGCAUGGCACUUGGCAUAACGGGCGUCGCUGCUCUCUACCUACUCUAUGCUGAUAUCAAAGAUGACCAUUACGACAAGAAUCAAGCUCCUGGCCCAUCGCCUCCUCAAAAGCAGGGCCGACGGAGCCUUGUAGAGGACGCUAUUCCGCAGUUGCAGCAGCGGCAUCAACUGAACCCGGAAAAGCGCAGUCUUUUCCUGCCUGGUACUGAAGACAUGAUUGAAGAGGCCAAAGUUAUCAUUCGACGGAUACGCCAAAGGAGGCGUGAUCAUCCUGUGGAACGCCUUGGCGAUGAUGACGAACCACCUAGACAGCCACAGAUCUUGAAGUUCACCUUCAUGGGUCUUGCCACGGUCGGGCCUCCCAUAGUUAGUUUUGUGAUCGGGAAGAAUGUCGCAGCGCAUCGCAUCAAACAGCUUGAGAAGAAAGCAAGCGGCAAGGACUCCAAGCAUCAAGAACAUGUCACUUCCGAACAGCGGUCAAGGUCAGACAUUGCCAAGCGGAGCCUUUCGUCUUCAGGUGAUGAAGAUGAAGCAGCCAGCGAGAAGGCCCAAGCAGCGUACAGUUGGGUCGAAAAGAAGCAAAAGGAUUCACACGAGUGGCUACAGUCUCGAAAGCAGUCCAAGAACAGCCCUCGAUUCGAACAUCUGCCAAUUCGAGAUGUGUCCGUCAAGCAGGGCAAUGCUGCUUCAUCACGCGCUCCGCUCUUGCAGCGCUCCAUUUCCGGGAUAGCCAACACCGCCAAAGUCGCCAUGGCCGAUUUCAAGAGCCUCGCAUUGCGAACGCCACUAACUCCGGAGGAAAGAAAAGCUCGAGCACACAGAUUCCGCACGUACGCCGAUUAUGCCACCGUUGCACUCGUGGCUAAGAUGAUCGAGACGGCUGUCGUCUACGAAUGGAUGAACGAUCGUAAAGACUGGAAGGAGAGACAGCGUCUGCGAGACGAGUGGCGACACGAGCAGCUGCAGUCACAGCAAACGCAGCAGUCACAGCAAAUACAGACGCUAUACGAUGCUCCACAUCAGAAGUCCGACGGCGUUCCUCCGCUGACAGCGGCUCGUCAAGCGGCUCUUGUUCGCAAACGCUCUUCGAUUCAGCAAAUGGAGGGAUUUGCAGCACUUGUGCGGACAUCGAGUCACGAGGUCUCGGGAUCAGGUGAUGUUCAGCCCAUGCUCAAGAGCGAACUUCGGCUUAAGAAGCGGGCUAACGUACUUCCGGUGGAUGGAGUAGAAAUGGCAGUGGCUCGAGAAGAAACGGUGGAUCCUCGAGUCCGAGACAAUCUGUUGGCGACGAGGAAUGUCGUGGCUUUCGUAGCGGCGAUAGCAACACUCUUCGUAGCCGCUGGUGGCAUUGCGUAUUGGACGAUGAAGCACCAAGAGGGCCACGACUCCGAGAUGCCUGCUGUAAAUCCUAGUAACGGUCGUCCGCCUGGUCCUUUGGUGCGCAAGCGCGAAGAGGAAAACCCGGAGAUAGCAGCCACCCAGCCAACCGACAAGGGGACUCGCAACACCCAAAUUGAGAUGGACAAAAGGAGCCAAUGGCACGAUCGAAAACAGCAGCCUCGUCUUGCUGAACGCGCCAGCGUGGAAGCCGGUGUUGCGACCGGCGCUAUCGUGAUGCGUGUGCUUCGACAACUGGUUAUCGACUCGAAGCGGGAUGGUCUGCUUGAUUCAGUCAUGUUCUCCUUAUCGUCACCUCCCGACGCUCCUCGCAGACUUGAUUCUGCUGCUCGACAUCCUCACGACCACGUUUCAUGGAACACUGAUGCAAAGAACGCAAGGGUUGACACAACGCCGUCCUGGCGCGAUCCGGAGGUUGCUCUGCCGACCAACCGCUCGCAUCGGCAAGAAGUUGACGACAAACGUACAUUUAAGCGAAGUGUCGCAGUGGAGGUGGAGAAGCGCCAGUCCAAGCAACAUGUCUCUCUGGCGAUCUUCGCACUUGUCUCUCUGAUGAUGCUGUACAGGCUCAAGAAUCAAAUCCACGAUGAGCGCCAAGACCGAGGUUCGACCAGCGCGGCACCUGGAGGUGUCUAUCCGAUCAAGUUUACCCAGAAUUCUCGUCUACAGCAGCAGCGACAACAGUGA